GUCCAAUAGUGUUUCUAGAGUGUCAUGAGCUUAAUUUUAAUGACCUUUGCUUGACUUUUCCACCAAUUUACAGGUGCACCAUCACAGGUGGACAGCGACAUGGACGGACAGCAGCUACAGCAGGUUUUGAACCCGCAGAGAAUGAAGUCUCUAAACGAAUGGAUGCAAAACAGCUCCAUCACUUUAAGACAGGUCAAUGGCCAGAGGAAAUAUGGUGGUCCUCCACCGGGCUGGCGAGGUCCUCCUCCUGGCUCAGGCUGUGAGGUUUUCAUCAGUCAGAUCCCACGUGAUGUCUUCGAGGACUGGCUGAUCCCUCUUUUCCAGAGCGUUGGCACUAUUUAUGAGUUUCGUCUCAUGAUGAACUUCAGCGGGCAGAACCGAGGCUUCGCCUACGCGAAGUACUGCGACCCCAUCACCGCCUCCGCCGCCGUCAUGACCCUCCAUCACUACCGUCUGCCGGAUGGGGGCAGCCUGACGGUGCGCAGGAGCACGGAAAAGCGGCAGCUGCGUCUGGGGGAUCUUCCAACUACCAUAAAUCAGGUGGAGUUGCUGACGGUGCUGCGAAUGGUGUCUGACGGGGUGGAGGAUGUCCAGCUGAAGAUGGCCGGGUCCAAAGGGAGAGAGGCCGUGGCUCUAGUGAACUACUCCUCCCACUACGCUGCAUCCAUGGCCAAGAAAGUGCUUGUGCAAGCUUUUAAGAAGCAGUACGGCAUUCCCAUUACCGUGAAAUGGACGUCCUUCUCCAAGCCAAAGCAUGUCGAUGAGCCCAUACAAGAAGACGACCUCUUUACCCCACCUUGUCUGAGUCCCCUCCCCAAGCCGUCCAUCACCCCUCCCCACCUGCACCCUCAGCCCUCCCUUCAUGACGUCCCACCCCACACGCCUCUCCAGCCCUUCUUCCGGGCCGUGGGGGGUCCGACCGGCCCUCCGAGGGAUGAGAUGAUGCCUCAAGCCCCCGUGAACCGCGACGCCGUGUCUCAGCUGCAGUGGCUGUGCGAGUUGUACAGACUCGGCACUCCGCAGUAUGACAUCUGUUACCAUCACACCAGCUUCGACGGCUUCCUCUGCUUCAGCUUCAAAGUCCUGAUCCCGAGCGUUCCUUUGCCCCUCUGCGGGGUUAUCAAGAUCCUUCCAGGCACCAGCGUUGAAGCCAUGAAGCGGGAAGUUUAUCUAGCCGCAGCUGAGCAGGUGAUCCAAACCAUGAGUAAGGCCUCAAAUUUGCUACCUUUCUAAAAUUUGAGCUGUUAAUGCAAUGCGACGUUAUCAGUUUACGUUCAGUAUUAUGGUUUGAAGGCAUGUACUGUUCCAGUUUCAGACGAGUGAGUGGAAAUGAAUGAUUAAACAAGUAUUUAGUUUGAUGGUAAAGAAAAAAAAAAAGCCAAUCUGGG